AUGCAGGCCCUUCGUGAUCUGCAAGAAGAGAUGAAGAACAUGAGACAAGAACUUGCAGGCAGGAUGAACCGAAUUGAGCAGAGGCCAGCCAUUAGGCCACAAAGACGAGUUAACCUUGGAACAGCUCAUGCCAAUACAACGCCAACGGGCACAGCUCCAAGAAGAAUCGGAGUACGCUUCAACGACAUUCCGGAGGCUAGCAAUAAUCAUCAACAACCAGAAGAUGACCCCGGACCUUUCUAUCCCCAAAACCAGAAUCAAAGGAGAACUGUGGAACAAGAUGACUAUGGUGAAGAAGAUGAGAUGAGGACUUCUUACCCCGAAGAAGAUGAGGACUUCUUACCCCGGCCAAGAGCCCCACGCAGGCAAAACCGCAACCAAGGGUUUGAAGAAGAAGACUUCUUACCGCUACAUAGAGCUCCACGCCAACAAAACUAUAAUCAAGGACUAGGACACAUCAAGAUGACCGCGCCAAGCUAUGCUGGAAAGGUUGAUCCAGAAGCUUAUCUUGAUUGGGAGAAGAGUAUGGAUCACAUCUUUGACUACUAUAAUCACCCAGGUCCUAAGAGAGUUGCUUUGGCAGUAGCUCAGCUCGCAGAAAAUGCGCUUUCCUGGUGGGAUAGGUUGUGCUCAGACAGGAGGAAAAGCAAUCUGAGGCAGCUAGACUCUUGGUUGGAUAUGAAAGACGCAAUGAGGCAGAGGUUUGUGCCUCAACACUUUCACAGAGACUUGCAAAGAAAGUUCAGGUCACUUAAGCAAGGUAGCAAGUCGGUGGAGGAGUACUAUGAGGAGUUUGAGAAGUUAAGAAACCGCUUGGACCUUAAUGAGGAUGAAGAAGCUACCAUGGCUCAGUUCAUUGAUGGAUUACAAGAGAGGAUAAGUUGCAAGGUGGAAAGACAGGUUUAUUCCGACAUGAAGGACCUGUUCCAUUUAGCUACCCAAGCUGAACAACACAUCAAAAAGAAGAGCUCCAAGGGCAAGUCUCAAGUUUCUUGGAACUCAAGCAACAACAACUACAACAAAUCAGUAGACAAAGGAAAUGGAAUUGAAGGAGAUACCCGGCCUAAGCUUCGCUCCACUGAACCCACGAUGGAGACCAGAACCGAGCCAGCCAAAACUACUAAUCCCCAACGUGCCAGAGACAUCACUUGUUUCAAAUGUAGAGGCCAAGGGAAUAUGGCAAGAGAGUGCCCAAACCAGAGGGUUAUGUUACUCACUGAUGAUGGCUAUGAAUCUCGUGAUGAAGAAGAAGUACCUGAGAUUCAAGAAGAGUAUGGAGAGGUUGAAUAUGCCGAUGUGGGAGAGAGCUUGAUGAUCAGGCGUGUGCUUAGUGUCUUAGUGCAACCAGCCGAGACCAUCCAAAGAGAAAACAUAUUCCACAGCCGUUGCACCAUAAAAGGCAAGGUAUGUAACCUUAUCAUAGAUGGUGGGUCUUGUACUAAUGCUGCUAGUGCUUACAUGGUAGAUAAACUUGGCCUAGAAAACACUAAGCAUCCGCAUCCAUAUGGACUAAGGUGGCUAGAUGAUAAGGUUGAGCUUAAAAUUAAAGAACAAGUGACCAUUCCAUUUAGCAUUGAGAAAGAGAAGUCUGUUAAAUCUAACUUUCUUAUCCAGCCUAGCUGUGUAAGAAAGGCGGCUGCUACCAAACACACGAUGCUACUAAUGAUCUUUAAGGAGCUUUUGAGUGCAGAGAUUCCACAUGGUUUACCCCCACUCCGAGGCAUCGAGCACCAAAUAGACUUCAUACCAGGAGCUGCUUUGCCAAACAAACCAGCUUAUAGGGUGAACCCGGAAGAGACCAAAGAAUUGGAGAGGCAAGUUCAGGACCUACUGGACAAAGGAUACGUGAGGGAGAGCCUCAGUCCCUGUGAUGUACCAGUCUUACUUGUACCAAAGAAAGAUGGGACAUGGAGAAUGUGUGUAGACUGCCGAGCCAUCAAGAACAUCACCAUCAAGUACAAGCACCCUAUUCUGCGGCUUGAUGACAUGUUAGAUGAGUUGAGUGGAGCCACUAUAUUCUCCAAGAUCGAUCUUAAGAGUGGGUACCAUCAGGUGAGGAUGAAAGAAGGAGAUGAGUGGAAGACAGCCUUCAAAACAAAGCAAGGUCUUUAUGAAUGGCUGGGAUUACAGGUUGAUGAGGAGAAGGUUAAAGUAAUUCAAGAAUGGCCAGAACCAACAAACAUCAGCCAAGUCAGAACACUACAAGAAAUAUGGAUUGGGAUAGGAGCUGUGUUGAUUCAAGAAGGAAAACCCGUGGCCUAUUACAGUGAGAAGCUAGGUGGAGCAGCUCUUAACUACCCUACUUAUGAUAAAGAGCUAGGACAAACCAAUCUCAAGAGGAGACAUGCACGCUGGUUAGAGUUUAUUGAGACAUUUCCAUACAUCAUCAAGUAUAAGAAGGGCAAGGAGAACAUUGUAGCAGAUGCACUCUCAAGGAGGUUUGCUCUGAUAGUAACCAUGGAAGGAAAGGAGAUGGAAUUUGAAUUCAUCAAAGAUUUGUAUGAGGAAGAACCGGAUCUUGCAGUUAUCUACUCAAGCUGUACCAGAAGACCACAAGGAAAGUUUUACUUACAUGAGGGGUUUCUUUUCAAAGGGAGGAGAUUGUGCAUUCCUCAGUGUUCUUUAAGAGACUUAAUCACUAGAGAAGCUCAUGGAGGAGGGCUUAUGGGACACUUUGGAGUAGGUAAGACACUUGCCGUGGUCAGGGAACACUUCUAUUGGCCGCAUCUUAAGAAGGCAGUAGAAUCUCAUUGUGCCAGAUGUGUAUCUUGCAAGAAAGCUAAGUCUAGAGUGUAA